AUGCGUCUGCUCUGGCCCUACUACUUCGCGGUGUGCACAGUCCUUCUGCACACGCGUGCUGAGUCAGUGACAUCGAGCGGUAUGCGGACGUACGCUGCUGCCCGUAACUUGUCCUCUUUGCCUCCUUUUGUUGCGAAGACCGAGUCCGUCGAGCCGGAACGCUCCGCGCAGCAAGACUCAAUGGAAGACACAGUGUACGGCGAACAUCGGCAACAAGAUGAGGCGAGAGCCGGUAUGUGGAAUUCUCUAGUGGAUGCGAGGGAUGUGCUGGGUAUAAAGCAUGUUUUGGAGGGACAACUACACGCAAACACAGCGCUAACGGCUUCCGCAGUCGAGGAGAAGAUAGACGAGGUCGUCACUUAUGCUAGGCUGCACCAGCGCUUUUCUGAAGCUGACAAGCCUGGCCAUUCCUUUCGCAAUGAUGACUUCAUUAAGAAAGUGCGGCAAUCUGGACAAGAAAAAGUGAUGGCAAAAUACUUUCUCUGGCUUCGAGGUACCCCCUUGAAAAGCCGCGCUGAAUCGGUGCAAAGAGGAAUUCUUGCCGAAUGUCCAGAGGUGUCGCCGUUGGUAUUUGAAGUGUGGCUAGAGGCAGGGGUGGGCCCUGUAGAUGCUUAUCACAUGAUGAACAUCCCGUCGGGUGGAAGUUGGAAGGGCGCCGGAGGAAUAGAGUCAAGCUUGCUCGCCAGCUAUCAUAUGCUAGAAAAGUGGAUGCACUACAUGGAGUUGCGCCGAGAUAGAGGGCUUGCCUACAGCAUAAUGGAAGAAGCCAAAGUGCUACAGAUUGGCAGAGAACCAGUAGACGUGGUGAGAUUUUUAACGUGGCUUCGAAGCAAUCAGGAAAUGAGAAAACUCGCGAGUAUGAUGCUGAGGAGGCUAGCUAAGGAUGAUCUGGAUAGAGGAGGCAACUUACAGCAGUUAUUCGAUGUGUGGCUGGACUUCAAUGUGAAUCCUAAAGAUGUCUACCCCCUGAUGUCCAUGAUACGAAAGAGUUAUUUUACGAAACCGACCUAUGCAAACAAGAAGAUCAUUAGUUUCAACAGGCUCAAGCGCUGGCUGGAUUAUGUGGACAAGUACCGCUUGACAAAUUUCGACUUCGGCGACGAUAGGGUGAUCGAUGUGUUGCUGGAUGAGCGACAGAAGGUUGAAGUGGAGAGGUUUGUUGAAUGGCUUGGAGAAGGACAUGACAUGACGGACCGCGCCCCUCUUCUUCAAAAGGAGCUAGCUUCGAGGCUGCCGGCUACACCAUAG